CCACCAAAAUUUGAAAAUCUACCAUAGUCUCGAUCUCGAAUCCACCAACAACAGAAGCACAAUUGUCCAUCGUCGAGACAGGUGCUCCUCAAGAUGGCUGUUGGAAAGAACAAGAGACUGUCUAAGGGCAAGAAGGGCCUCAAGAAGAAGACCCAGGACCCCUUCGCCCGCAAGGACUGGUACGGCAUCAAGGCCCCCGCUCCUUUCAACAUCCGAGACGUCGGCAAGACUCUGGUCAACCGAACGACCGGUCUGAAGAACGCGAACGAUGCUCUGAAGGGACGCAUCAUCGAGGUGUCCCUCGCAGACCUGCAGAGGGAUGAGGACCAUGCUUUCCGAAAGAUCAAGCUCCGAGUCGACGAGGUUCAGGGCAAGAACUGCCUGACCAACUUCCACGGCCUGGAUUUCACCUCGGACAAGCUGCGAUCGCUCGUGCGGAAGUGGCAGACCCUCAUCGAGGCCAACGUUACUGUGAAGACGACCGACGAUUACCUCCUCAGACUCUUCGCCAUUGCGUUCACCAAGAGACGGCCCAACCAGAUCAAGAAGACCACCUACGCUGCGUCAUCCCAGAUCCGUGCCAUCCGGAGGAAGAUGACCGAGAUCAUCCAGCGGGAAGCCUCCAGCUGCACCCUGACCCAGCUUACCUCCAAGCUGAUCCCCGAGGUCAUUGGGCGUGAGAUUGAGAAGGCUACUCAGGGCAUCUACCCUCUCCAGAACGUCCACAUCCGCAAGGUCAAGCUGCUCAAGCAGCCCAAGUUCGAUCUCGGCGCGCUGAUGGCUCUUCACGGCGAGUCGACCACCGACGAGCAGGGUCAGAAGAUUGAACGCGAGUUCAAGGAGCGUGUUCUUGAGGAGCCGAUGGCUUCAGACGAGUCGCUACCCACGCUCAAGAUAUUACUGAUAGGCCCAUCGGGGGCCGGGAAGUCGGCUUUGCUCACGAGGUAUUGCGAUGACGAGUUCGAUCCGGACUCGUCCGCCGCGACCAUCGGCAUCGAUUUCAAGACAAAGAGGGUGGCUGUCCGUGGGACGCCGUACCGCCUGAACUUGUUCGAUACGGCCGGACAGGAGCGCUUCCGCACGCUGUCUACGAGCUUCUACCGAGGGGCGCACGGAGUCAUCCUGGUCUACGACAUCUCCAGCAGGGCGAGCUUCCUCUCGAUGGAGAAGUGGUUCGACGAGGCCGAGGCGAACACCGUCCCGGGCGUCGCGCUCUAUCUAGUCGGCGCCAAGCUCGACAAAGCCUCCUCCUCCACCUCCUCCUCCCCGUCUUCUUCCGAGACGACCCCUUCGGGCCGCGCCGUGUCAACCGACGAGGGCGCGGCGCUGGCCCGGGCGCGCGGGGCAGCGGGCUUCUGCGAGGCGAGCGCGCGGACGCGCGAGAACGUGCGGCGGCCCUUUGUCGAGGUCGUCGACCGCGUCGUCCGGAGCCCGGACCUGCUCGCCGCCGUGGCGGCCGGGAGGGCGCCGGGGACGGUCGCCGUGGGCGGCGGCGGUCGGGGGGGUGGCUAUUCGUCUGUGUGUUCGUGUUGAGGGCGCAGUGGGCGGGGGGGUUUUCUGGGCGGAGUUGGUUUGUGGGGGGGAUGGAUGGUAGAUAGGAGGGGAAUGCUGGGCUAGGGAGAGAGGAUGAGGAAGGGGGGAGAGGGAUCACAUUUGGUCAUUGCGUAGGAUACAUGGUCAUGAUAGAUUCCCUUUUGGAGAUACUGAUACCCCCAUACAUAUCAUUUACAGCCCGUCGUCUAGAUGGAUUUUGCAUCCUCAUACAGUCACGAACCCCUUUCUUGUCGAGCGGUUAUUGUACAUAUAUGUCAAGCACACAGUCCACCUCCUUUCGCUCAGUCAUCUCUCGGACUCAAGAAUCGAACGACAGCUAGGAACACGGCACAGUUAGAUUCCGGGGCCUUGUUCAUUCACAGCCGCUGCUAGGGGUGAGUAUACUGACCUUCCCUGAAAGCCUCCGGUUUCUCCGAGAUGAGCCAGUGUCCGGCCUCGAUGUCGGCCAGCUCAAAGCGAGGGAAGAACUGGC